CCACCAGUCACCGAGUGUUGCUGGCUGUGGAAGAGCCGAAAUCUUUUCUCCAAGGAACAGAACCAGUUUCUCCUCCUUAAGGGCCUCUCUUAAGACGCGUAGGGCUGCCAGGAGACCCUGAUUUACCUGCCCAGUAACAGACAAUGGACCCAACGAUGGCAGACGUGAUGAAAAUACUGAUAGAAGCUUGUUUCGGGGAGAACAGCGCAAAGUACAGGAAAACAGAAAAGGGUCUGAGGCAGAUACUGCAGACAGAGUACAACGACAACAUCGAAAACUUCAGACAGCGUUUUGUCCAGCCAACAUUGCAGCUGUUGACAACUCUACAAAACCAGGGAAUCCCGGUUUCUACACCCAAAUACCAACUAGUACACCUGGUUUCUCCUGACAUCACAUAUGAGGCAGGUGAUAUGUUCUUUCAGGUGGGACAGUCAAAACCCGGAACCCUGUCACUCAAGUUCACCAAAUAUGACAACGUCCGAAACGUCAUCAGACUACAGAACUCACACGUUCCCGAGAAGGACUACCGGACAGCAUUUACCGACCAGUAUCUCCAGGACCUUCGGACGCUGGCUAGCAACACUGGCAACAUCGGGGAUGUGCUGAUGAGAACGUGCAUCGUCAUCACCAAGGAUGGGGCGGUGGCGAGAGUUGGAACAUCCAGCAUUAUGGAAGAGACAAAUAUGAACGUUAUCGGCAAUAUGACCCCGGAACAGAAAAGCGCCAUUGCAGAGAAACUGGACAAGGAGCCGGUACUGAGGACAUCGGGCGAUCGGGACGACUGGCUGGCUCUGGCUGAAAGGCUAGAGGCUGAAGAAACCUUAGAGGAAGGAUUCAGAGCGAAAAUGAACGCAUGCACCACACCUGGCAGUCCUACGAUGAAACUACUUGAGGUUCUGGGAAGACGUGACCCAAGAUAUCCCACUACCCGUCUUCUAGACCAUCUCAGACAGAUGGGAAGGAACGAUGCCGUCGAUGCCUUCAACCAUGCAAAAGAAACGAAAAGAAAGAAAGUUGUGGUGUACAGGCUUUGA